AUGGACGACGACGAUAUUUACCAGCUGGCUUCUCAGUAUCCACUUCAUCUUCUGAAUUAUGACUCCGACGAUAUCUACGCAGAUGAAUACAGUCCCGACCGAUCUCCCUCACCAUCAUUCCGAAUGGCCAUCGCAGCGGUAUCCAGGCGUGGUGCCCGAGGACGAGGGCAAUUUGCCAGAAGAGGGGCCAGAGGUCGAUCUUCCACUGGCGGUGCCACCAAUGCGACCCCUGCUUCAACAUCCACUCGAGGACUUAGAGCCGCACGAGGAAGGAGGAGUGCAACCGGCCGAGGAGCCACCAUCGCUACUCAACCAGUUGUUUUACCUCCGGUGGUUCCUGGUAUAUUUUGACUACUUUCUUUACAAUUAUUUCAAGGUUUAUACCUAAUUGUUUCAGAGCAAGCCGUUGGAAUUCCGAGUGGAAGUGAUGAUAUCGUCUCGAUGCAAGCUAACUUGGAUGCAAAUCCUGGUUCUAGUUCUGGAAUUCCAAUGAAAAGAAUAAAGUAAGUAAAAAUUCUUUUGCCGAAUUAUAAGUAUAGGCUUGAUUCACCAAAAAAGGGCCUGAAUGCUACCUUCCAAGACUCAGAACAAGACAGUGGCUGUACAAUUUGUUAUGAGGAUUACGAUAGUGAUCAGCAUCGCUUGGUUUGCUUGAAAUGUGGCCACAUUUUUGGAAAGAGUUGCAUUAUUCGAUGGAUCCAGUCAGAAAGAAAUGGAAAUUGUCCGACCUGCAAAACCAAAAAUACUCUCAAAGACAUACGCCCUAUAUUUGCCCAUAUCUUCAAGGUAGUUCCUUAUAUUCUUAAUGUUUAUGUUUAGGGAGGAAAUGGGCCGGAAUUAAAUCAAAUUCGAGGAAAAUUAAAAGAAGUAUUGGAACAGAAUGAAGCUCUUCAAGUGAAACUAAAAACCACCGAAGAAGAGUUGGAGAAGGCCUUAAAAACAAUCAGCACAUAUAACGAGUUAAAGCAAGUUCUGUCUUCUGUUUUUCCGAAGUUUCAGAGGGGUUUUGGGGUCCGCCCCGCUUCUUUAAACGCCCCUGCGAAGUUUAGCUCUUUUCGUUUAUAAAUGAUUAUUAUUUAGUACUGUGAAUGCUAAAGAGUUCAAAUUAACAGUCAAGAAGCUGCCGUUCAAUUCGAUGUUGGCAAAGGAAGAUUAUGUGCGAGUUGUGUGUGCCUUAGAUAACGAAGAGUUCGUUGUGUGUGGAUGCCAGUUGGUUGCUAAAACAGGAAAAAGUUGUGGCAUCGCAAAGGUUUGUUUUUAUCAGUCUGUCGGUAAAAUAAUGGACUCUCUGUCGCUGCACCGAUGCGUCGCUGAAGUAAAAAGCAUAUUGUUUCUCUCGCUACACAAUGCGUUUUCUCGGUGCGAUUCUAUUUUAUGUGCGACAGAGUGCUCAUUAUUUUCCCGACAUCUAUAUAAUACAAUUUAUUGGUCAAAAAUUUCCUUAAGAUCGAUUCGACGAGUAUGAAGAAGAUACCCCUGCACGACAAGAUCGUUAGAGCCAUUCAUGUUAAUCCCUUCUCUACAAAUACGGUCGCGUCGACUUCCGACGACGAUACUCUUUGUGUCAGUGAUAUUUCGUUGCCGGCGAACCAACUCCGUUUUCAAUAUAAGCUUCCAUCUCAUGGAUGGGCGUGUUGCUGGACUUCCGUCCACCAGAUUGCGGUCGGACUGAAGAGUGGCCGAGUUUUGUCUUAUGCCCCUGGUCGUGAUCCAGAAGAUUUAACAAAUGGGGAAGGUGACAAGCCUGUUAUGUCCUUGACCUUCGAUCCCAACCACCGUGUUUUGUUUAUCUGCGCAUCAAAUUCGGUCAGAGCCUAUCGCAAUGGACAGUUAUACACUUUGCUCGAUAACAGUACGUUACUUUACUAAUUAAAUUAGUUGUUUUUAGUAUCGAUUGCCAGUUUCUGCUACGAUCCCGUAACUAAUUGUUUCCUGUUGACAGUUCCGCCUAUUCAAGGGAAAGUGAGGACAGUCCUACAGAUAUAUAAAGUGGAUUUCCAAUGUUUAGUGAGUCUAUUUAACUAUUAUUAAUCCAUUUACCCAGGGUAUUGUAAGACAGGUUGGCAAUUUUCAAACGGCUUCGUCGAAGCUGAGUAAGAACACCGUAAACAUUAUCUGGGCUGAACCUGGAGGCCAGUUGCUAUGUGCUUUCUUCGACGAGGACCGUCAUUUCACAAGUAUACUAAAUUGGGGCAUCCCAGAAGAAAGAAAACUGGAAGAUCAACCUGGGUUCUUAGUUACAAUAAAACAUAAGCCGACGGACCACAUUGUACAUUAUGCACAAGCCCAAAAACAAGCUCCCCCAUCGCCUACGGCUCCAUGUGGUGUCCAAAAUACAUUGUACAUGGUCACCACUACCAACAUGUUUUGUUAUUGUCUCAUUUACAGCUGA